AUGUUCUACGUGGUUCUUUGUGUCGCUGCAUCUUUCAAUCGCUCCACUGAUGAGUCUGCUCUUCUUGCCUUCAAAUCUCAAAUAAAUGAUCCCAACAAAAUCUUGUCUUGGUCUCAAGGAAUUCCUUUUUGUUCUUGGAUCGGCAUUACUUGCGGUCGCAAGCACCAAAGAGUUGUAGGCAUAAAUGUUUCACAUAUGGGCCUAGGAGGGACUAUUGCUAAAGAAAUUGGAAAACUCACUUUUCUGAAAUCCUUGGAUAUUAGCAAUAACAGUUUCCAUGAUUUCAUCCCUGAUGAAAUUGGUAAUAUUUCGAGGCUCCAAGAAAUAAAGAUGCAAUACAAUGAGUUAAAUGGUCAAAUUCCUAGUAGUUUUGGAUUUCUUAAAAAUCUUCAAAAGUUAAAUCUCUCUGGAAACGCUUUCACUGGAGAUAUUCCAAACAUGGUGUUCAACCUCUCUUCUUUGGUAGAGAUUGACUUAGGAAACAACAGACUAUCUGGAAGUCUUCCGAUGGAUAUCUGCAGUAAUCUUCCAAAGUUAGAGAUUCUAGAGAUUCCACUGAAUCAAAUAGGUGGCAUUAUUCCUCCGAGUUUGGGAGGAUGCACCAAGCUCAAGCAACUUUCUUUGAAAAUGAAUAAUUUAAGGGGAGGCAUUCCAAUGGAGAUCGGGAAUUUACCACAGCUUCAAAUUCUCUUUCUAGAAAAAAAUAAUUUGACGGGAAGUAUUCCUGACUCAAUUGGAAACUUAUCUACGCUUCGUUUAUUAGAUAUGGGUUACAAUGGCUUCACAGGUACUAUUCCAAUUUCAAUAGGCAACUUGUCGAAUUUGGAGGUUUUUGGAGUUGCUAAUAACAACAUUCAGGGGUACAUUCCAUCAGAAUUGGGAAGUCUAUCCAAUUUAAUAUGGUUAGAUUUUUCCUAUAACAAACUCGAAGGUGAAAUACCUGAAUCUAUCUUCAACCUCACCAAGUUACAGAUAAUUAAUCUAGUAUCCAAUUAUAUAACUGGCAAUCUUCCGUCAAUAGUUGAUAGACUCCAUAAUCUUCGGUAUAUUGCUCUGGGUUUUAACAAAUUAAGUGGUGAAAUUCCUAGCUCUAUUUCAAAUAUUUCGAACCUUAUUUUGUUGGCGCUUGGUUACAACUCAUUUAGUGGACCUGUACCCGUGAAUCUUGGGAAUUUACAAAACCUCCAAUUUCUAGGGUUAGCUGGUGAUCAGUUGACAAAUGAUCCUUCAAUGUCGGAAUUGGGUUUUCUUAUUUCAUUGAGAAACUGUAGGCACUUGAAAUACAUAUCAAUUGGAUCCAAUUCUUUUGAUGCAAUGCUACCAAAAUCUUUUAGCCUAGGCAAUUUGUCAGCAUCUCUUGAAAAAUUUGAGGCUAACUCUUGCGGUAUCAGAGGCACGAUUCCCAAUGAAAUCGGUAAUUUGAGCAACUUGAUCUCCCUGCAUAUGGGAAGCAAUAAGUUGAGAGGGAGAAUUCCAGAGACGCUGGGAGAACUAAAGAAGAUGCAAUCACUCGCAAUUGAUAACAAUAAACUGGAGGGGCCGAUACCUGUCAGCUUUUGCAAAUUUGAAAAUUUGUACAGCAUAAUAUUAGAGAAAAAUGAGCUCUCUCAAGAGAUACCGGGGUGUUUAGGGAACCUUACAUCCUUACGAAUGGUUAACUUAUCUUUCAAUAGGUUCACUUCCACUAUCCCAUCGUUGUUUUGGACUAACAAGGACCUUGCUAUUGUGGACUUGUCUUACAAUUUACUCGGUGGUUCUUUGCCAUUAGAAAUUGGCAGUGUGACGGGAAUGAGAGAAUUAUAUCUAUUGGGAAAUCGAUUCACAGGUGAUAUUCCCAGCUCUAUUUGGGGGAGACUUCAAAGUUUGGAAUUUCUAAUAUUGGCAGAAAAUAAGUUACAUGGUCAUAUACCUGAGACAUUUGCUAAUUUGAUUGCAUUGCAAUCUUUAAAUCUAUCUCAAAACAAUCUCUCUGGUGUAAUUCCCAAGUCACUCGAAUCACUUCGGAAUCUUGUGUAUUUUAAUGUUUCAUUCAAUGAUCUCAGUGGUGAAAUUCCGAAUGGAGGAUUUUUCAAGAACUUGAAAGCCGAUUCUUUCAAGGGAAAUAGAGAAUUAUGUGGAGCAUCUCAAUUCGAGGUCUUUCCCUGCAAAGGUAAUAAAUCCAGCUGCACAAGAUUUUUGAAAUAUAUUGUACCACCAGCUGCCUUUGUAGUAGCUUUAGUCAUUAUUCUAAUGGUAUGUUUAGUUAGACGUGGUAAAAGCAGUACGCCUCUUCCACCUCAGUCUAGUUUCCCUUUUGCCUUUGGCGACAAUAGGAUUUCAUAUCAUGAAAUUGUUAAGGCAACCAAUGGCUUUGGCAAAGACAAUCUGAUCGAUAGAGGCAGUAUCGGUUCAGUAUACAAGGGGAUAUUUUCCAAUGGGAUAGUCGCUGCUAUUAAAGUUUUUGAUUUGGAUAUGGAAGAUGCAAACAAGAGCUUUGAUGUUGAGUGUCAUAUAAUGUCCAACAUUCGUCACAGAAACCUGGUCAAGGUAAUUAACAGUUGCUGUAACCUUGAUAUCAAGGCCUUGGUGCUAGAAUACAUGCCUAAUGGAAACCUGAACAAUUGGUUGUACUCUUGUGACUCUGGCCUAAAUAUUGCUCAGAGAAUGGAAAUAAUGAUGAAUGUGGCAGAUGCACUUGAAUACCUACAUCAUGGGUAUCCUUCCCCUAUUGUCCACUGUGAUUUGAAACCUAGCAACAUACUUCUCGAUGAGGAUAUGGUUGCACGAGUAGGAGAUUUCGGCAUUGCCAAACUAUUUACAAAAGAUCAGAGAAUUUCACUGACAAAGACUUUGGGAACAAUUGGAUACAUGGCACCAGAGUAUGGUUCCAGAGGAUUAAUAUCAACUAUGGCGGAUGUUUAUAGUUAUGGGAUUCUGUUGAUGGAAGUACUCACAAGAAAGAAACCGACAGACGAUAUAUUUGUAGGAGAGUUAACAAUGAGGAGAUGGGUGUUCGAAUCAUUUCCAGAUGCUAUAAUGCAGAUAGUGGAUGUGGAUGUACUGAAAGGAGAAGAAAACGUCAAUGCUAGAGAGAGUUGCUUGAAAUUACUCAUGGGACUAGCUCUGGAAUGCACGGUUGAUUUGCCAGAGGAGAGGCUUAAUAUGGAAGAGGUAGUAGUAAGACUCAAGAAAAUCAAAAAUGAAUUCCUCUCUUAG